UUUAGUUAAAAGGAGAUUUAUUUAAUGGCGUAACUUACAAAUUAAGGGAUAGGUAGAUCGCGGGGUCUGGGGAAGGUGUAUCACAGUCCAGCGGUGUUCUCUGGAGCUCUGCUUGGUCCACCUCCACUAUCCAGGGUCCCAGAACCGAGUGAGCGCCCCCCGAUCCAGAUCUCGGGUCUCCAGGCACCUCCCUUGGCCCUGCCUUGUAGGUGUGACAGUUGCCGAAGUCUCAAUGGGGGUUGGAACUUCCAGAUCAAAGCUGGAAUGGUUACCCACUACAGCAGACCUUCUAGGUUCCAAGUCCAAGUGGCUCAGGUAAUAGCCUCAUUUCCCCCAGGGCACUACUCCUUUGUGACUUCACCCACUAAGUCACCCCCGGAGACAGUGCUGAAUGUUCCAUGCUAGAGUCUUGGCCUCUUAGGAGGCAGGGACAGCAGGCCUGGCCAGCUCAGAGGACUCUCUGUCCACAGUGUAAAUGAGGACGCUGCUGGCCCAUGUCUGGCAGGGAUAUAGAGGGCAGCCUCAGAGGCACUGGGCACUCCCGGCACCAUGGAUGACGCUGCCGUCCUCAAGCGACGAGGCUACAUCAUGGGGAUAAACUUGGGAGAGGGCUCAUAUGCCAAAGUCAAAUCCGCUUACUCUGAGCGCCUAAAGUUCAACGUGGCGGUCAAGAUCAUCGAUCGCAAGAAAGCCCCCACGGACUUCCUGGAGAAAUUCCUUCCUCGGGAGAUUGAGAUUCUGGCCAUGCUAAACCACCGCUCUAUUGUCAAGACUUAUGAGAUCUUUGAGACCUCUGAUGGCAAGGUCUACAUUGUCAUGGAGCUUGGGGUCCAGGGUGACCUCCUUGAAUUCAUCAAAACCAGAGGAGCCCUGCAAGAGGAUGAUGCUCGUAAGAAGUUCCAUCAGCUUGCCUCGGCCAUCAAGUACUGCCAUGAUCUGGAUGUUGUCCACCGAGACCUCAAGUGCGAGAACCUUCUGCUUGACAAGGACUUCAACAUCAAGCUGUCUGACUUCGGCUUCUCCAAGCAUUGUUUGCGGGAUGAUAGUGGUCGACUGACAUUAAGCAAGACCUUCUGUGGGUCAGCGGCUUAUGCGGCCCCCGAGGUUCUGCAGGGCAUCCCCUACCAGCCCAAGGUGUAUGACAUCUGGAGCCUGGGUGUGAUCCUCUACAUCAUGGUCUGUGGCUCCAUGCCCUAUGACGACUCCGACAUCAAAAAGAUGCUACGCAUCCAGAAAGAGCACCGCGUCAACUUUCCACGCUCCAAACACCUGUCUGGUGAGUGCAAGGACCUCAUCUACCGGAUGUUACAGUCAGAUGUCAACCGGCGGCUGCACAUUGAUGAGAUCCUCAGCCACUGCUGGGUGCAGCCCAAGGCACGAGGUCUGUCCUCUGUAGCCAUCAACAAAGAGGGAGAAAGCUCCCGGGCCACUGAGCCCCCAUGGACCCCUGAACCCACUGGUGCCGAUAAGAAGUCUGCCACCAAGUUGGAGCCUAGGGAAGAGGCACGGCCCGAGGCCCAACCUGAGACAAAACUCCAGGAAGAUGUUGUGCAAGUGGCCAAGCAGUCAGAGACCCUGGGCCUUAACAGUGAACUGAACAGGGAGACAGAGGAAGGGCACCCCCAACAGCCUCCAGAGACACAUACCUAGUGAGCCUCUUGCAGCCCAGGGGGCCAGCAGGGAAUGAGGCAGAGC